GUGCAUGCAUUAUACACUUAUCCUGUGAAUAAGGACAAAGUACUAUUGAAUCUCUUGCAUACAAAUUUUUAAUUAGUUGUCAAUUUAUACUACAAAAUACUACAUCUUAAUCUUAUUAAGUACACCCAACGAUACAUAAAUAAAUUUAUUCGUCAUGUCUUUCAUCAAAGUACUGCUUCUGAUUUUUGGGGGAUUUCUGACACUUGUCGUAUCCUCCACUCCUGUACAAAACUUUAACCAGUCAACGCUUGACAUUUCGAAGCAUCGUACAAAACACAAAAUUAACUAUAGGUAUCUUUGUUUGGCGGAUGAAACGGACGGGAUAAAAUCUGAAAAGCAUCUUGGGAUCGCGUGUAACUGUCCUCUGAUUUUUGCCCCUGUCUGCGCAUCAGACAAUCAUACGUACCACAACAGAUGCGUUCUCCAUUGUAAAGCAAAACACGCCACGGAUUUGUAUCAAAAAUAUCGACUUGUCCUUAAGAAAUUUGGAGAAUGCUGAGCCGACUGACUCCUGGAGGACUAAAUCGUUCCAUGCCCACUUGUGACUUGUGUCACGCGUUUUUGCAUGCGUUGGCUUACAACUCAACAAAUGUCCAUUAAUUAAUUAUACUGAGCGUUUAAAAGUAGUUUUUUAUCAAAUUUUUCAUAUAUUUAAUAAUUUAUUUACACCAUUAUUUUUAGUAUUAAAAGUUAAACAUGAUUGGUUUGCAAUCUACAAAUGUAUUUAUUAUUGUUAUGUAAGACAAAGUGUUUGGCUUUAGUGUAAUAUAGAUUGAAGAACGCUUAUCAUGCAAUAGUGGAACAUUUAUGUAAGUGCAUAGAAGGAAAUAUGUUCCUCUAUUCACUUAUAUACAGUGAAUAUAUGUAUAUAUGUAUGUACAUAUGUAUGUAGU